AUGGUAUUCCUCGCCGACUGGGAAGACCAGCAACAUGUCUUUGUCUACGGUGUUUUCGGUGUUCAACAUGCAUCUUCGUUGACCAACAACAACAAACCAACGAUCGACGAGCUACACAAUCUCUUGACUUCAUCAGCAGGGCAAGUCGAUCUUCUCAUUGACGAAAGCCAUGGUAUCGAGGCAGGAGAGAAGCCACGUACCACGACCUUCGUCGCCUACUGGCUCGAUGCUGCGACAUAUCAGUCAUGGGCUGGUUCGAGCCCUGUGCAGCACUUCUGGGACACUCUUCCUGAGGAUGCCGGAGUCUGGCGUGAAGUCAUGAAAGUUCCUACUUCGCGAUACAUGUUUGCGGCCAAUCAAGACAUGCGUUGGGGUCUUACAAGUCUCAUCGAUAAGUUACGAGCGAGCAACGACGAAGGCUACUGGGGUGUCUACCGUCACAGAAUCGGCUCCAAGGACGACACUUUUACAUCGCCGUAUGUGACAGCCUCGAAAGCAAAGAAGGUUGCAGAUCAUAAAAUCCUUACUAUACCCACGCAAGGUCCACGGAUUGCAGACGGUAUCCGACUUGGCCGCGUGCACGUAAAUAAUAUCCCCGACAAUAUCUGCUUCGUCCGGGAAGGACAGCGUCAGCCAAACGUCGCAAAAGAGGAACUGGGUCUCUGGCUCGAGAAGGUCGCACCUCAUGCAAAGUCCUGGAUUGAACAUCUUGAUAUGCACCGGGAAAAGAACGGAGUACUCUCCUUCUCAACACAUGUCUGCGAGCAAUCCAAGCUGAACGACGACGAUGCCGCUGAGACUGAUCAGCUGGCAUAUUUCCUCGACCUUGCUCACUUCGAGGCUGCUGGACGUGCUUUCAAAGGCCAUGUACAUUUACGAAAGACUGUCAUGGAGAUGUAUGGUCCAGGUGGCCCUUUGGAUGGUAUCGGAAAGGCUGAGCUGUAUGUGGAAUUACUAAUCUUGAAGUCGAAGGAGUUUGAAGCCGAGUACGUUGGAUGUUUACAAGGAACUGGACUCAUGUUCCUGCAAGAUAUUCAGCAGUGA